GUAAAAUUUUACAUUCCGCUCGUCACACGAAUGACCAGGUUGUUGUCACUUCAAAUGAACGCGUCCUAGUAGCUGGGAAGAGAGAAAUCUUCGAAACGGAUCAAGGUUCGCAGUUGCCGCUUCCUCCGCCCAGACCGGAGCCACAAUGCGCGCAGUCGUCCAACGGGUCAGCUCUGCCGCUGUGCACGUGGACGGCCGCCUGGUGAGCUCUAUUGGCCGUGGCCUGUGUGUGCUCGUUGGCAUCCACCGCAACGACACCGAUGGCGACGUCGACUACAUUGUCCGCAAGGUACUCAACCUGAAGCUCUUCAACGGUGACGACGGCAAGCGCUGGCGGCGCUCAGCACGCGAGCUCGGCCUCGAGGUGCUUUGUGUGAGCCAGUUCACGCUCCAGUGUACCCUCAAGGGCAACAAGCCGGACUUCCACCUAGCGAUGGACGGCGACCGGUCGAGGGACUUCUACGCCGAGUUCCUCCGCAGGAUGAGGGCGGAGCACGGCGAGCAGCUGGUCAAGGACGGCGAGUUCGGAACGCUCAUGCAGGUGGACAUUCGCAACGAUGGACCGGUCACCAUCGAGCUGGAGUCGUCCGGCUUCAAGAAGGUGCCACCGCUUCCGCAGGAGAGGGGAGAGCCGGACGGAGGCGUGGAGGAGGACCCCAACCCGUGAUGACAGUGCACGAUAUUCAAGGUGUAAACUGCCCGAAGAACCGGGUUUAGGUGGGAGGAGGACAUUGCACGUGCUUGGGAGAAAGGAGGCUCGGCUGACACUGAGCCUCUAAGUGCUUGGGAGAACCACAGUAGAAAGAAACAUGGCAUGGGUCGGCCAAGUGAACCGUAGCUGGUGAAAGCCGGAACAGAAAAGCCGUACCGAUGGCGUGCGACAGUGUGCGACAGCACCGAGGGAGGAUGUAUUGUGUGCUGGCAUAAAAGCGUGCAUAUUUGG